AUGGGUAUUAUGGAGAAGAUAUCUAAGGUAAUGGAGCUCAAUGAAGAAAAGAAGACCAGGGUCCAAGCUUUGAUGUCCUUGGCUCUUGGUGAAUGGGAGGAAUUUGAUAGCCAUUUAACCCCAUUGCGGAACAGUUUUGAUGAGGGAUUUAAUGAGCUUGGGUCAAGAGAGAAGAAACUGAAUUUGCUUCAAGAAUCAGUCAACCAGAGUACUACAAAACUUGACGCAAGGAGAUUAUGGAUAGAGCAGAAGAUUAAGGAGUUGGAUGAAAAGGAAAAUUUGAUGAAAGGGCUUUUGCAGAGGAUAGAAGAGGAGCAAAUGCAGCUUGGGAAUCUGAGGGGUUUUGUUGAUGAAAAGCUGAAGGAUGUUGCUUUACAAGAGAAGCUUUUUGACGGUCUUUCAGAAAAGCUGCAGUUGAUUCGAGCUGAAAUUGAGAGAAGAGAAAAUGUGCUUGAUUUAGAAGUAAAGAAGUCGGAGAUAAGGGAGAGUGAGCUUGAUUCAAGAGAGAGAAAGUUGGAGAUAGAGGGGAAUGAGCUUAAUUUAAAAGAGAAGAAGCUGGAGAUGAGGGAGAAUGAGCUUGAUUCAAGAGAGAAGAAGCUGGAGAUAAGGGAGAAUGAGAUUGAUUUGAGAGAGAAAAAUGUUUAUAGAAGGCAACAUGAACUUGAUGUGAAAAAGAAAAGUUUGAAGACAAGGGAAAAUGAGCUUGAUGCUAUUGAGCAACAUUCAGACAGAAAGCAAUUAGAGCUUGAUUCAAAAGGGAAAAUUUUACAGAGAAAGGACAAUGAACUUGAUAUAAAGCAUGAAAAUUUGGAGAGUAGGGAAAAGGAUAUUGAAUCUAAAGAGAGAGAGUUGGAGGGAAAGGAAAAUGAGCUCAAUGCAAAAGAGAAAAAAUUUAGGAAAAUUAUUUUGGAUUUGGGACUGAAAUUUGUUUCCAUCCUAGAAUCCGCAGAACAAUGUGACAAAGAACCAAACGCAGACACUUCAACUCAGACUGCAGAGCAAACACAGAAGAGCAGGAAGAGAUUGAGGAAUUUGGCAUUGGCUUCUGACAGAAUUCUUGAUGCUGCUGAAGAAACCGGCAACAAUCUGUCUAGAAGAAGCUGCAUACAUGACAAAGAGGCAGAACAAGUCACUACUCAUGAUCUUGGUGAAUCAGGUAUGUCUUCUGCUCAUUGCUUAAUAUUUAGAAUCUAUAUCAUUUACAUUUCUAAAUCUAGUGCAUUUCCAGGCGCAGUCAAUAUACACAAGAAUGACUAUAAAUCACAGGCUUGCAGCACUCAACAAACCUUAGUUCUUGAUGUUUCUCAAUCAGAAUCUAAUUCAAGGGAUAACUUACAGACACCUCCCUUUAUUAAUCCAGGGGCAUUGGCUAAUAAUACAGGCAAGGAGAAACUAGAAUGUCUCUUUAAUGUAGGAGAGACAUGGGCCUGUUUCAAUGCCAAAGAUCACAUGCCAAGAUCAUAUGUCCAAAUCAUAAAGGUCAUUAAAAAGGGUGGAAAUUGUAGGCUUGGUGUUGUGUGGCUCAAGCCUUUGCCAGGGCUUCCAGGUGAGAAUGAGUGGAUAAAGGCUGGCUUACCAGUUGGCUGUGGCAUGUUUAAUCGUGAGAGAACAAGUGUGGAAUCUCCUAGUGUGUUCUCUCAUCGAGUUUUCUGUGUCGGAAAAGAAGGUUAUCCUUACUGCAUACUUCCUAAUGAAGGAGAGAUUUGGGCAAUUUAUAAGGACUGGGAUAUCAUCAAAUGGGGCUGUCAUCCAGAAAAUCAUAGACAGUGCAAGUAUGAACUUGUGGAAAUUCUUUCGUAUCUAACAGAUCCUUCUUCAUCUGUUGGCUUUAGAGUUGCUUGCUUGGACAAAAUAGGACAUGUAAAUUCAUUUUGGAGGAGAAGUCAGCAUGAGAACAAUUCAUUUCUAAUAAUGCCUAAUGACUUCUAUAGGUUUUCUCACAAAUUAACCUCUAGGCAGAUGAACUGCAAUGUGACUGAUGGUGUCCAGGAUGGUGUAUUUGAAAUUGAACAUAAAUUCCUGCCUCCAGGCCUUUGAUGAGUUUUGGGACAUGCAUUGAGGUGGAAAACUAGUUGUUCAGUCA